GCCCCGCGCCCCCUGCCGCUCGCGCUCGGCCAUGGCGGAGGCCUCUGUUGGCCGGCAGAGCCCCAGGGUGGUUCCAUACCCAGCCCGUGGCCUAUGUCCUGGAGAGCCCGCCCUUCAGAGCGCUGCAGUUGUGUCAAUGGGCUCAGCUGAUCAUCGACUGAACCUGGCAGAGAUCCUUUCCCAGAACUAUGGUGUGAGGGAAGAAAGGGAGGAAGAUGAUACUCAGGAGAAGCAGAAAUCUUUAGAAGAGCUGGAGAAGACUUUCAGUGCCUCUCAGAGCAGUGAAAUGCCAUUUGAGGAGCUGCUGGCGCUGUAUGGCUAUGAGGCAUCCGAUCCCAUCUCGGAGCAGGACAGCGAGAGCAAUGACAUCACUCCCCACCUCCCUGACAUGACUCUGGAUAAGGAACAAAUAGCGAAGGAUUUGCUUUCAGGGGAAGAAGAGGAGGAGACACAAUCCUCAGCUGACGAUCUGACUCCAUCCGUCACGUCCCACGAUGCAUCGGACUUAUUCCCAAACCAGCCUGGCUCAAACAACUUCCUUGCUGAUGAAGACAAAGAGCCAUGUUCAUCACCAUGUGCUUCCUCCAUGGCUGAGGACUCAGAGGUGGAUUCCAUCCCAUCCAAUGAGUGUAAGAAGGAGAUCAUGGUUGGACCUCAGUACCAGGCCACUGUUCCCAUCCUCCGUUUAAACAGGCACAGGCAAAAAGUGCUUUUUCUGUUAGCCUAUGAGAAUGAAGAUCAGCUGCUCUGGGACCCAAACAUCCUCCCUGAGAGGGAGGUGGAAGAGUUCCUGUACCGCGCCGUGAAGCGCCAGUGGGACGAGCUGUCUGGCAGCAGCCUGCCCGAGGGAGAGGUGGUCAAGGACAACGAGCAGGCUUUGUACGAGCUGGUGAAAUGCAACUUCAAUGCAGAAGAGGCACUGAGGAGGUUACGGUUCAACGUGAAGGUUAUCAGAGAUGAGCUUUGUGCCUGGAGCGAGGAAGAAUGUAGAAAUUUUGAGCACGGCUUUAGGGUCCAUGGGAAAAACUUUCACCUUAUCCAAGCCAACAAGGUCCGCACGCGGUCGGUGGGCGAGUGCGUGGAGUAUUACUACAUGUGGAAAAAAUCAGAGCGUUACGACUACUUCACUCAGCAGACACGUCUAGGAAGGAAGAAGUACGUCCUCCACCCUGGAGCCACGGAUUUCACUGACAAUGACCUGGAUGGGGUUGAAGUGGAAAACACGAGUCGUUCUCGGAGCUCCCCACCAAUUCCCUCUGCAGCUGGCUGCCUGGAUGCUCACUUUGGUCAGGAUCAGAUAGCAAUUGAGAGCACAGAGCCCCUGAGCGUGGAGAGCACAGCCUGCAGCCUGGGCAGCAUCAGCGAGUCGGGGCAGGGCUACGAGUGCAGCACCCCCUCGGAGACAAACUGCUCCUUUGACCCCUCGGAGGAGACGUCCUCGGGCGCUGUCCCUGUGGCCUGCCCACGCCACACUGUCACCCCCUCUGAGCCCGAGCUCUUCGCUUUGCCACCCGCGGGACCAGCACUGGCAGAGAAGCAGGAGACGCUGCAGAACUCUGGUGAGACAAUAACCAUGGACUUCACUCUCCCCGCAGACAUUAACGAGGGCUUGUCUUUAAUUGCUGGCCCUGUGGAUUUGGACAGAGACCCUGAGGCAGCGGUGGCCCCUGCGCAAGUGUCCUUAUCGGUCACGGAUUUCGGUCUCAUCGGCAUUGGAGAUGUAAAUACUUUCCUGACUGCUCAUCAGGCUUGCCCGGCACCUGUGGCUCGGUCAGAGCCUCUGUCACAGUGAGAGUCUCCAGUCACAAAUUUGUCACAGACCCAGCAAGGACUUUGACCUGACUGAGUGAAAUUCUGGAACUUCUGCUGUCCCGUAGGGACAGUUUGGAGCUGUUGGUCGGAAUCUGUCUUUCCAUCCUCCUUGAUCCAAGGCUACAGUGAAACCAAACACCUUUCUGCUCCAGUGUAUCCUGACACAGUCCUGCAAAGUGGUGGCUGGCUUUCCUGAGUGGGGAGGUCCCUCACCCCCCUCCUACGCUGACCACGUGUCACCCUGGGUGAUGCCAGCCCGCUCAGAGUCCCUGCCUCGGGACAGGGGACGUGUCCCUUGGCCUCAGCGGGACGGUCUGAGGGCAGAGGUGCUUUGAGAAAGGGAUGUGUCACCACCAUGGUGAGGGUGCAGGCUGGGGCUCUGCGAGCUUGGGAGGGCUGCAGGGCAGUUUCCUGCAGAGAUGGGCGCGGUGAUGCCGAGGGAGGCUGACCCUUCCUCCACGGACAGCGUGUUGCAGUAGGAGCCGCUCACCCUGUCCUCUCCCAGCAGCCACGGGUCAUGACAGGCAGGCACACAGCUGCUCCUGGCAUGGAGACACUGCAGUGAGCAGUGACUAAGGGGGUCGUGCUGCUGACAAGUGCUUUGGGUAUGCUGGAGGGGGGAAAGUAAUCUAGGACAUCUCCUGUCACCUGUGCACAGCCCCUGGGAGCACAGCAGGCUCAGGGAAGGGGUGUCCUGAAUGGCAGUGUCACCUUGAGUUCUGCCUGGGACACUGUCCUAGGCUUUAGAGAGGAAUGGGACAAGCUGGCCCUUAAGGACCAUGUCAUGGGACAGCAGCCAGCAGCUGGGCUCUCGUGCCAGGAGCACUGGCAGCAGCCACGUGUUCUGAGUCUCCACCAGCUGCAGGUGGGCCGUGGCCUGGCCCAGCCCUUGGGCAGGAGUGUCAGGUUUUGGAAUGGGAUGCUGCCUGUGCAGCAGCAACGUGUGCACUCGAGUCCUUCUCACCUUCCCGUGCAGUGCUGGGCCAGGGACAACUUGUGUGGGGAGUAACAGAAGGUUCUAGACUCUGAUGCUGGCCAGGAGCUGUGUUGCUGCUGCUGGCAGGGCGUGACCUGAUCUUCUCUGGGCUGAGGUGCCGCAGGGUGGAAUGGGGGUGAAAACAUCUGUGACUUCCCAGUUUGUUCCAGUGAUUUGUCAGCAGAGGGAGGAGGUUGCUGAGCUCCCAGGAUGUCUGGGAUAGGGGUGCUAGCACAGUCCCAGGCCGGGGAGCACAGCAUCCCCGGGCAUCCCUGCCCCUCCUGUGUCACUCAACAGGCUGAGAGGAAAGCGUGUCGUUCCUGCCGUGUUCAGGAAGGUGCCAGGUGCUGUGCAGAGCCACAGGAGCCUGUCCUUGGCUGUGCUGGAGUCCAAAGCUGCUUCACUUCCCAGGUGUGUUGCAGGUGUGGGGUUGGCCGCUGGCUCAGUGUGUUCUCAGUCCCCUUUUCCCACGCAGGGAGUGCUCUCCGCUCGCCUGCUGGGCACGGCUCUGCUGCACACAGAGCUGUGUGUUCUGCAGCUGGGAAGGGGCUUGGGUUGAGGGUUUUGGUGGAGGCCUUGGGGCUGCUGGUGGAUUUGGCAGAUACCUAAACCCAGGAGCCUGCAUCCUCCUUUUACCUGGCUCUGGGAAGUUGUGCCCAGCCCUGCAGCGGGAGCAGGGAGACAGCAUCCAACAGCCCCGUGGAUGUCAGGAUUAGACCUCGUCUCAUCUCCUAAGCCCCAGAUCUGGUUUGUGUGCUUCAGCAGGGGUUUGCUUCGGUCCCCAGCUCUGUGCUGGGAGGUGCUGAGCCCCAGGCAGGCGCAGCUGCCUUCCCCUGGCGUGGCUUUGUCAGCCAGAGGUGCCGAGCAGAGGCCUCCCCUCCAGCUGCCUGGCUGCUGGGAACAGAAAGCAAACACGAGUGCCUGCUCCACAGUGGAACUGCCCCGGCUGUGAUUCCCCUCUUCAGGGGGAGAGGAAGCUCCUUGGCUGAAGGGAGAAGAGGAGGCAGGGUGAGAGCACAGGCAGCCCUCCCAGGGAGGGCCAGGCCUUGGCAUCUCCUCCAUCGGCUGAGAACAUUCUUCCUUUUCCUGAAACCAUUUUUUCUUUUGGUUUAUUUCAAGCCCUAGUGAAAGGAGAGGGGAGCUGGCUGAGGCAGAAAUCUCUUUAUGUCCUUCAGUGUUGUUUACAGAUUUGCAUGGGGUCUUUCAACAUGAGUGCAGUGCUUUUUCCACAUAACUUUGAGGGAGAGGGGUGAGAAAGGCUGGGACAGGGAGGGGGAGUCACUGGGGGAGGAGGUUUGGUUCUGGUUUUUUUGGUUGGGGUUUUCUUUUUUCCUUCUUACAAAGCACAUUCACUUUGAGCCGCUCCCAAUGCUGGGCUCUUUUCUCCCUUGCCCCCCAGCCCUACACUGUGAAGUGACACUGCCUUGAAGACCCCUCGCCGUUAUUUAUUUAAUUAAAAACCUAAUUUGAAAGUGAGCCAGAAGUCUGUCUUCUUUUUAGAGGCCAAGAUGCAGCAGUCCAGUGUAUAAUGAUGGCAGGACAAGAGUAGGGGUCCCUGCCUCUGCUCUCUGAUCCUCUCCUGCCCUCCAGAACUGCUCUCCUCCAGGCAGGGCAGGAUUCCCUGUGCCAGGGAUGCCAUCCCAGCCUUGGAGGAUGCCCAGAGUUUUCCCUUCCCUGUUUGUUCCUCUCACAGGUGCCUCAAGUUCUCUAAAACCCUGGCACCCUGUGCCAGCUCUGGGGUGUUGAGAGGCAGGGGUGCAUCCAAACUUCAACCAGAAAAAGCUCCUGGAGGCGAGUGCAGUGUUUGUGCUGCAACUUCAUUGUGUUUCCCCAGCACACAGUCUCCAUUCCAUCACAGGAAAUUCUCUUCUGCUUGUGCCUGGCUCUGCCUGCCUGUCCCGGGGCUGCCCUGAGGGCUCCAGCUCUGCCCCGCAGAUGUGUGUACGAAGGUGGGCACAGCCCAGGGCAGGAGGGUCGGGAGCGGGUUCCCCCGUUCCUCGAGGCCUGGACGAGCAGCGGGAACUGCGGCUGUGCUUGGAGCCUUCGGUUGGGACCGCGGUGCCUCCCCUCCGUGGCAUCCUUCCACACCAAACGCUGGGUUCUGCCCUGGGUGAGCCGAGCGCUGCUUCCGAGGCGGUGAGAGCAGCAGGACCGGAUCCCCUGGGCUCAAAGACCCCCGGGACCGGGCCCGGGCUGAGUUCCGCCGCCCCCGGGCUCCGGCGCAGGGUCCGGGCCGGGCCCCGGCUGCAGCGGCGGCGCUCGGACGGCAGAGGGCGACACAGCGCCGCGCCCGACCCGCCCGCGCCCCCGGGACCGCGCCCGGAGCCGCCCGAGCCCCGCGACAGCACCGGGCCGGGCCCGAGCCCCGCUCCGCCCGCGACACCCCG